ACAAGACUCAUAUUUUUUGUGAUUCAUCUCUAGACCAGACUACUAUUAUUAAAGCUUGCUUUAGACCUGCUCAAAAGAAAACAGUACCUUGUAAGUAAGCCGCGUAGAGUAGAAACUACCUCUACCUUGUCGCCCCCGUUCUGCUGUCCCCAGCCUCGGGGAGUGGAGGGAAACCCGUCCCUGUCUUCUUCUAGUGUCGGAUUUCCGUAAGGUGAUCCCUGGCUCACCUUGUGUCUCACCAGUCACAGACAGUCAGCUUACAGUCUGGACCAGUCGGACCCGAGUUGUUCGGUGGCCAGGCUAGCGUAGACGUGGCCAAAAACCCGAGUGGUUCAAUCCGCGCCUGGCAUAUAUAUGAAUAAUUACCAACCACAGUUUAGUUCCCCAUAUUUCAGGAGAGGUUCGCCACCGGUAUCAUAAGGACAAGCGCAAAGAGUGGCACCAAGCUGGUGAUCAUCGGCCGUUCAUUCACAUAUCGAUCACUACCGCCGCAAUGACUGCACAAGGGCUCUUUGAGCAAUUUGAUGACAGAGUCUGUCGUAUAGGUUGGAUACUGGUGGCCUUAGGCAUAUUCAUCUUCGUUCUAGACUAUAUGCGUUCGUAUAUCCGGUUGAGGCACAUCCCAGGACCACCCGCGGCAGCUCUCACAAAUUUGGUCCGUCGAUCGUGGGUCAAUACCGGCAACGCCCAUAUAAUACACACCGAUUUACACAGAAACUAUGGCACCGUUGUGCGGUUUGGUCCCAACGCCGUCAUGGUCUCCAGCCCCUCUGCGAUUGAGAAGAUCUACAGUUUCAAGACAAGAUUUCAGAAGUCCGAGUUUUACGACUCGAUAAUGCCGAGAAUGAAGGGCGAUAAGAUCCCAGACGUCUUCGCUACCCGCGACGAGGGUAUACACAGGCGGAUGAGGCGGCCCGUCGCGAAUCUGUACUCGCUCACGAACCUGAUGUCGUUUGAGCCGGUCAUAACGUCUACGAUGCAGCACCUGUUUGUGCGACUAGACGAGCUAUUUUUGGACAAGAAAGUUGAUGUCGACCUGUUCCAAUGGAUUCAAUAUUACAUGUUCGACGUCCUUGGCCAGGUCACAUUUUCCAAGGAACUGGGGUUUCUCGACAAGGGCGGCGACGUUGAAGGCGUCAUCGAGAACAACUGGCGCUAUUUCAGCAUGGUUGCUGCGAACACGCAGAUGCCUUGGCUUGACCGCUUGUGGAGAGACAACCCUCUGGUUCCCGUCUCGGCGAAGAAAAACCCGCUGGUCGAGUUCGGUGCCGCCAGGAUCCGGGAGCGAAUGGGUUUGAUCGAGAGCGGCAAAGGCGACCUGGGCCAAAGAGACUUCCUCUCCAGCUUCAUCGUUGAGAAUGCUAAAGACCGUACUCUCCCUGCAAUGUUCUUGCCCACCUGGGUCAAUUCGAACAUCGUGGCGGGUGCAGACACCACGAGCGUUUUAUCUGGCGCCUUGAUAUAUCAUCUCCUCAAGAACCCCGCGUCGCUCACGAAGCUGCAGAGGGAGAUGGACGAUGCCACCGCCGCGGGGCGACUCUCCAAAUUCGCCACAUGGAAAGAAUCCAACGACCUUACUUACCUUGACAUGUGCGUGAAAGAGGCCACCAGGAUGCACCCACCGUUCUCCCUCCCGUUCGAGCGCGUGGUUCCGGGAUGCGGACUGGAGAUUGACGGCUAUCACAUCCCCCCGGGAACAAGAAUCGGAAUCAACCCAUGGUCGCUGCAUCGCGAAGCAUCACUGUAUGGCGCCGAACCGGACCUCUGGAGACCAGAGAGAUGGCUGUGUGAUAAAGAGAAGCACGCAGCCAUGUACAAUACACUUUUGACGUUUGGCGCUGGCCACCGAAGCUGUCUCGGAAAGCACCUCGCCUACUUUGAGAUAUAUAAACUCGUGCCCUCGCUGUUGCAGCGCUACAAUAUACAAUUGGUAGACCGAGAUGAGGAGUGGACUGUCGACAACAAGUGGCUUGUCAAGCCUUCGGGGUUCCGCGUCAGGCUUUCGAGUCGUAGCUAGGGACCAUGUACAUAGUUUACGAUAAUUUUCCAAUUAAUUAGACAAGAUUCGUUGGGCUGUAGUAAUGCACGCAAGACGGAUCGGAAAGAUGACCAACUGAAGCCGUUUGCCAACCCUAGACUGUAUCUUCGUGCCCGGACAUGGUCUGAUCCGGGAUACCAUUCUUCGCCUCACAUGAUGCAUGGACAUGAAGAAAAGACUUUCCAUGGGCUUAUUAUCCAACUGCAGCUAGUCUACCCGGAGGCCAGCCCUCUGUCAUGAAGCAGCCGUGUAAGCUACCUAGGGCGGUGCAGGUUGUCGGGUCCGGGGCCGAGUUGACUCGGGCCAAACGCGCAGUCUAUGUGCAUUACGGAUAAUGUCAGUACCUAUGCAGACUUAUGUGCUGGGAAGCCUCGCAGACUGCUUAACU